UGUGCAAUUGAGGUAACGUUUGACGGCUGCAUGAGAGAAGAAAUGUGCUAAGACGUCAACAAGCAGACCUUCAAGAGAGCCACGCAGAAUAUGAAAGCUAGCACAGUCAACACACCUGAAGCCUCGUGAGGUUACGCACUGCUACCUGGCAUCUCUAAUCCUUUCAGAAGAGCCAGUCUGCCGGGGACAGUAGCAGGAAAAGGAAACUCCAUCUUGAGGAACAGCAGCAGCUGAACAUGUUAUUACCACGUUCAAAUAUGUCCUGAAGCAAGGUAUGUGCCCACCCAUUGUAGACAUGGGCAGUUUGCCGCCAUGUGAUCCACUACUGGGUUUAAAAGCUUAUGUCCCACAGAGAAGGGCACAGCAUACAAUUCCCCAUUGAGACCCGUCUGAAGCACACAUUGCACUUUCUGGGUGCUGCAUCCUAACCAUGUCAGACACUGAAGACGCCACAUAUGAAGGACAACAAGACAAGGAUAUUGUUGAAGAGGAAGAGGAGGUGGAAGAGGUAGCAGAGGAGGAGGAGGUAGAAGCAGAUGCCGCAGAGGAAAAUGAAGGAGAGGAUGCUAAACCCAGGUCAAAACCUGGUUUUGUGCCCGGCUUGGCCGCUCCCAAAAUCCCAGAGGGAGAAAUAGUGGACUUUGAUGACAUUCAUCGAAAACGAAUGGAAAAGGAUCUGACGGAGCUCCACACUCUGAUUGAAGCUCACUUUGAGAAGCGUAAGAAGGAGGAAGAAGAGCUUCUUAGCCUCACUGAUCGCAUCGAGAAACGCAGGUCAGAGAGAGCAGAGCAGAUGAAGAUCAGGGCAGAAAGAGAAAGAGAACGGCAAAUCAAAGUAGCUGAAGAGAAAGCGAGAAAAGAAGAUGAAGAGGCAAAGAAGAAAGCAGACGAUGAUGCCAGGAAGAAGAUGAUUCUGUCCAACUUGACUUUCACUGGAUACAAGCAGACACAGACUGGGCCGAAAAGACAAACGGAAAGAGAAAAGAAAAAGAAGAUCCUCAAUGAUCGACGCAAAGAGUUAAAUGUUGAUCAAAUGAAAGAGGACAAACUCAGGGAAAAAGCUAAGGAACUGUGGGACUGGAUGCGGCAGCUGGAGGCAGAGAAAUUUGAACUCCAGUAUUUACACACUAAGCAGAAGUAUGAGGUCACCGUGCUGAGAAACCGGGUCAGUGAUCAUCAAAAAGUCUCAACACUGAUCUCCAUUAAUAUGAAGCGGUGUCAGUAACAGACGUUUGUGCCAGCUGUACACUGGGCCAAACAGGACUGGGAAAACAAAAAGGACAAGAGGUGUUUCCACAAAGGGCAGGCUGGGGUAUCUGAACAACAUGCCCUCAGUCUCAAAGGAGAGACGGGCUGUAAUGGCAACAGCUGAGAGAUCUCAAAACUGUGAUAUCAUCUGUGUUAAUGUAGCUCACAAUAAAACAGUGAUGGGCCCCUUCUGCCAUCCAAAUCUUCUGAAUCAUUCCUCCUGAUGUCAUGUAGGCCGCGCUACAAUGACGGCCCUAGUCUGUAAACAAGCUUAUUGAUUGACAAGAUAUGGAUUUUCCUGCAGAAUGUGGCAUUGGCUUUGCAAACCAGGAAUAGUGUAAUACUGUCACUGCAAACAAGUAUAACUUUGAAAUAUAGCCUUGAUUUAUAUUUGAAUGUUUUAUUUUCAGGUAAACCAGCUAUUCUCCUUUUUCAGACAUUACUAGCAUUUCCCGCACUAAAUCUUCAAAAACCUUAAAAAACAGAUUUCGUCAUACUUUUACCUAAAUUUGAUACAUUUGUGUAUUCAUAGGAAAGCUGCAGGGGUCAGGUACCUCGGUAGCAACAGUAGAUAAAGAUAGCGGUCAACUAUUUGGUAGCAAAUCCCCUUCCAGCUUUGGAAAGGUUUCAGUGUCUCUGAGGCCAGCAGCAGCUUUCUGUAGAGCAGUGCUUCCCAACCUAGGGGAUGAGACCACUGGAAGGAUUCACGAGAUGAUUAUUUGGGUAGAAAAUAAGAACAAACUGCACUGUAGAACACACAAUCAUGUUUUUUUCCUUGAAAGUCUGUAUAAUUUUACCUCUGCAUGCCACUGAAAUGAUUAAAAAUGAAAUACAUUUAUCUGAGAAAGGAAAAUCCCUCUUUGGUUGAACUUCUCUUAAUUCAUUUACUUGCAAGAGGGUAACAACACAUACAUAAUGCUUUGUGGUGAGGGGUCACAAGAAAAAAAAGUCUCAAACAGAUUCUGGCCUGCAGAUGUUCCAAAUCAGUGUAGGAAAACAUCUAAUAGCCAAAUUCUAUGAGCAAAUGUUAAGACUGUUAAGAGAAGGGUUGUUUCCAGUCUCAUACAAUAGUGACAUGAUGUGUCUGAAAUGUCCUUUCUGUGAUAAAUAUAUGCGUAAAAUAAUUAAAAUUUUAAAUGCAGCUACAGAGAGUGAGACUUAUUUGCAUAAGCAGAAUAAAUUAAAUAUCUGAUGUUUGAACUUUCAAAGCAAAAUAUAUGUAAGUGCACGACACACAGCUCAAACUAAAGGGGUCAACACACAAAAGCAUUUUUUCAUGGAAGAAUGCAUGAUACAUACAAGAUUCAAUAUGCAUAACAGGUUAAGUAUGUAUGUGAAGUUGAAGUUUGUAUGUGUGCCGGCUUAUAUUGCAUUUCUCUGCUGACUUUCACUUUAUUCUCAGUUCAAAGGGUACCAGAAGCAAGCGCGGCCUGAGGAAGUAACAUCUGACACUCAUGAAAUUAUUGGGAAUAACAUAAACUGCAUAAUAAUAUUUUCUUAAUAUUUAAACAUGGAAGAACAAAUUAUAAUUCUGAAAAUAUUGCAAGGUUAAAUAUGUUAUUUGUGAAAUGAAGUGCAUGCUGGGUACAUCUGCAGGAUUGUAGCAGUAUAGUAGACAGUCUCUGAUUGCAGACUGAUCAGCAAUGUGCUGCAGCUUGUGUUAAUUUAACAGGGAUCUGACAUGUGUGUAACCCAUUAAAAUGACUUUAGACUCUGAAAGGAUAAAAAUAAAACAUGAUGUUCAAUGUAA